CGGCGUUCCAUCGCUAUGCGCAUGCGCUGCGUGUUGGCUGGGAUUCCACGCCUGACUCGCAGCCUCAUGUCCGGUCCGAAGCGCCCCCGACCGGCCCGCAUCGGCACCCACGGCGGCACCUUCCACUGCGACGAGGCGCUCGCGUGUUUCCUCCUGCGGCUGCUGCCCUCUUAUCAGGAUGCAGAGAUCAUCCGGACACGGGAUCCUAAGCUCCUGGCAGAGUGCGACGUGGUGGUGGAUGUUGGGGGCGAAUAUGACCCUCAGAAGCAUCGCUACGACCAUCACCAGAGGUCAUUCGGGGAUUCCAUGCACAGCCUGAAGCCUGACAAACCUUGGCUGACCAAACUGAGCAGUGCAGGGUUGGUUUACACCCAUUUUGGCUCUGAGAUUUUGGCGAAGCAGCUGGGCCUCAAGGAGGAGGAUCCCGUCGUGCAUGUGCUCUAUGACAAGUUGUACGAGAACUUUGUGGAAGAGAUCGAUGCCAUAGACAACGGCAUCUCCCAAUGGGAUGGGGAACCUCACUAUGCCAUGACCACCAAUGUGAGCUCCAGGGUUGCCUACCUGAACCCCCGCUGGAAUGACAAGGAUCAAGACACCGAGCCUGGUUUCCAGAAGGCCAUGGAGCUGGUAGGCAACGAAUUCUUGGACCGCCUCGAUUACUAUUACCGUGCCUGGAUUCCUGCGCGCACCCUUGUGGAGAAGGCCAUCCAGCAGCGCUUUGAGGUUGACCCUAGCGGUGAGAUUCUGGUGUUGGCCCAGGGUGGCUGCCCAUGGAAGGAGCACCUUUUCAACCUCGAGCAAGAGCUGGGCAUAAAGAAGCCUCUCAAAUUUGUCCUGUACACGGAUCUGGGGGGCCAGUGGCGGGUGCAGUGUGUUCCUGCUGCGCUGCACACCUUCCAGAACAGGUUGUCGCUUCUGGCCGAAUGGUGUGGUUUACGCGAUGAGGAGCUCUCUCAGGCCAGUGGGAUCCCCGGCUGCGUCUUUGUGCACGCCAGCGGCUUCAUCGGGGGGAACCGCACCAAGGAGGGGGCGCUAGAAAUGGCGCGGAAGACAUUGGCGCGGGAGGUCGAAUCCGGCGCGAGCAGCUCAUGAGGCUCAAAGCCCCACACAGUUGGACUGGGGGGGGGGGGGAGAGAUUGUGGGUUUGCCAUAAACUUUGAUUUUUAUUUUUUUUAAAGCAGCCUUUUUUGGUAUGUUUUAUGAAGGAAAUUGUUGGUAGAAGCAAAGGGACAAAAUAAAAAUGAAUCAUUAAAAUACAAAUUGUGAAACGGCGCAGCACUAUUCAAAGCCCUUUAAAAAAAAAGUCAGUUCCCAAAAGCCUGUCAGAAGAAAGUGGCUUUCACCUGCCAGAGGAAGGACAAAGAGGCUCACUGGGACGGACGUUCCGAAGUAUGGGAGGAGCCACCACCAAGAAGGCCCUUGCCCAUGUCUCCAGACUAAAGCCUAGAGGCCAUGUCUGGCCCCUGGGUCUGAGGUUUCCCCACCUCGAUUGAAAAGAUCCAAGCUAGAUGGACAGAUGCAACAGCAGCCAUCUUCAUACCCUGAUUAGUGGCUCCUGCGCUGAAGUUUAUUGCAUCCAAAUUUAGGGACUUCACUGCAUUAUUUUGCUUAGCACCCUCCAUGCCUCCUAAGCCUUUCUGCCUCCCCCCCCCCCCAAUAUCCAAUGCACUCAACAUGCCCAGUCUGGGUUCAAUUCUGGGUAAUUGAGACAUUUUGGCCAAUCCUAAAUACAGUGGUAUCUUGGAUUCUCAAACUUAAUCCGUUCUGGAAGUCUGUUCCAGAACCAAAGCAUCCCAAAACCAAGGCGCGCUUUCCCAUAGAAAGUAAUGCAAAACGGAUUAAUCUGUUCCAGAUUUUUAAAAACAACCCCUAAAACAGCAAUUUAACAUGAAUUUUACUAUCUCAUGAGACCAUUGAUCCAUAAAACGAAAGCAAUAAUCAUUGUACUGUACUGUAAAAUAAGUAAGAUGGUAUUGUAGAUGAUAGAAAAUAAAAUUGAAUUUUUUUUUCUUACCUGCACUGAUGAUAGUCAUUGUUUGGAUGGGGGGCUUUUAUCCAUUUAUGCAGUCACAGAGUCAAUCAAUCAGUAGCUGAACUGGGUUCCACACAAUCACAAAAACGAAUCAACCGAAAAAGCCUCAAAAACAAAAACGCCAAACUUAAUCCGUUCCGGAAGUCCGUUUGACUUCUGAAAUGUUCAAAAGCCAAGGUGCAGCUUCUGAUUGGUGCAGGUGUUCUGAUAGGCGACAACCGCAUCAGUCGUUCGGCUUCCGAAAAAUGUUCAAAAACCAGAACACUUACUUCCGGGUUUUCGGUGUUUGGGAACCAAGGAGUUUGAGAACCAAGGUACCACUGUACAGCAGAACUGAGUUUCACAAGCAUAGCUGUCCCUUCUUCUGCUGCUGCUCAUGCAGUCCAGCAGAGGCAGGCUGUCCCCUCUCGGUUGUCAGCGCUUGUGCGUGUCUCAAGCUCUUUUGCUGAUGGGCAGUAGACCGAGCAGCUGAGCCAGGAGGAUGCACUCCUAGAAUCCUGCCCCCAAGGGCUUCUGCCACCUGCCCACCUGCUCCCAAAGGAAGCCCAGCAGAUGUUUCAGGUGCUACUGAGAUGGUCCCUGGAGCUGCAGUCAGACCGGACCUGCUUCGGACCAGACUGACCACGACUGCGCUGUUCACACAGGUGUGU